GGUUUUUACAGUUUUAUGAGAAAGACUCCACCUGCAAACCUCUUCCUGAUCUCACACUGACAAAAACAAACCUCUGAACACGAAGAAACUGCGACACACAGGCGUGCAGCUCAACAUGACAGCAGUCUGGAGAAAUGAACAGUCUCAGGACUGAUGAAUCUUUUACAGGAUGAUGAACAAACAGGAAAGAUAAUCCACUGAACACUGAAGAAAGACGAAAUAGGCAACACAAUAUCAACAUGUCCGGGAGAGAAGGCAGAGUGUCUGCCAGUAGCAGUACUGCUCACAGGAGAGAGAACAGCAGGGAAAAACCUCCUUCACUUUCAGACUGUGAGAGGCUGAAUGUGUUGGUGUGCGGGAGCGACGGCUCUCUGAAAUCCUCCAUCUCAGAGCUGAUCCUGCAACACACACACAGAAGAUCAGAGAGUGUGAGGACAGACGUGGAUCUUCAUGGUCGUCUGAUCAAUGUGCUGGAGCUUCCAGCUCUGUUCAACACUGGGCUCUCAGAGGAGGAAGUGAUGCGUCAGACUCUCCGCUGUGUGUCUCGCUGUCAUCCUGGAGUUCAUGCUUUCCUCCUCAUUUUUCCUGACACUCCACUCAAUAAUGAAGACAGAGCAGAAAUGGAGGAGAUCCAGAAGAUCUUCAGCUCCAGAAUCAACAAACACAUCAUGAUCCUCAUCAUGCAGAAUUCAGAGCAUCAGAGAGCAGAACUCAAUGAAGAAACACAGGCUGUCAUUCAGAGAUUUGGAGGAAGACAUCAUUACUUUAAUCCUGAAACACAAGUGUCCACAUUGAUGGAGAACAUUGAGAAGAUGCUGGAAGAAAACAGAGGAGGCUUUUACUCCACAGAGACAUUUCUGGAGGCGCAGAUGAUCAAACUGAUGAAAUAUGAAAAGAUGAAGAAGAAACUUCAUUCACUGGAGACACACUUUUUCUCACAAGGUUCAGCUGAGAGUGAAGAUGAACUGAGGAUUAUUCUUCUGGGAAAAACUGGAGUUGGUAAAAGUUCAACAGGAAACACAAUCUUAGGAAGAGAAGCAUUUAAAGCAGGCGCAUCACAAGAAUCUGUUACUGAGACAAGUCAGAGAGAAUCAUCUGAAAUCAAAGGCAGACGCAUCACUGUGAUCGACACUCCAGGACUGUUUGAUACUGAACUCACUAAUGAGGAGAUACAGAGAGAAAUCAGACACUGCAUCUCCAUGAUUCUGCCUGGACCACAUGUGUUCAUCAUCGUGCUCAGUAUAGGACAGAGAUUCACUGAAGAGGAGGCAAAAUCUGUGAACUUUAUUAAGGAGACGUUUGGUCAAAACUCCCUAAUGUUUACUAUGGUGCUUUUCACUAGAGGAGAUGAGCUGAGGAAUCAAACCAUUGAAAUGUUUCUGGGAAAACCUGAAUCUGUGGUCAGAAAACUGAUUGAAACUUGUGGAAACAGAUUCCAUGUGUUCAACAAUAAUCAGCCUGAAAACCGAACACAAGUGUCUGAUCUACUGGAGAAGAUAGACAACAUGGUGAAGGCAAACGGAGGAAAUUUCUACUUAUGUAAGAUAUUCAGAGAGAUGGAGAGAGAAAAACAAGAACACCAGAUGAAGAUCCUGAUGGACAGAGUCAGAGAAACAGAAGAAAAGAUGAAGAAACUAGAAGAAGAGAAAGACAAAAUGAUGAUGGUGAUGGAGGAAGGACAGAAGGACAGACAAGAGGAAGAAUUGAAAAGACUAAAAAAAGAAAAGCAGAAUUCAGAUGAACAUAUUCAGAGACUCAAAAGUAAACUAUAUGAAACAGAAGAAAAUAUCAAAAAGAAAGAAAGAGAGAGACAAAAACAAAUAGAGGAUUUAGAGAAGAGACUGAAAGAAGAAAGAAACCUGAGAGAAGAUCAACAAAAGACUUUAGAAGAUUUACAACUAAAAUUCCUUCAACAACGGUAUGAAGAUGAACUGAAGAGAAGACGAGUAAAAUCAGUUUCUAUUUUUGCUGAGAUCAUCUGUCAGAAACUGAAGGAGCCCAUUGAGCAGAGCGUCUACAAGAAAACUGCCAGAGAUUUAGCAGAUGAACUGAGAUCAAACUGUGAAUCACUGAAUAGAAACAGAACAAAUCUGGAGAAACACAUCCUGAAGACACUGGCAGAAGAGGAGGACUUUGACAACUACAUGAACUACAUUCAUUAUCCCAGAGGUCACUACAAGAGAUUCAUCAGAGAUGAAGUCAGUCGCUACAUCAGAGAUAAGUUCAGCAUCAGUGUUUUACCCAAGAUGAAGGAGAACAUUAAACUCCUGCAGCAGAAGAUCAUGAACGCAGCACAUCAAUCUACUGAACAUGUUCAAGUCAACAGUGGAGAUGUUGGUUUGUGGUUGAAGAGUUUCACACAGCAGCUCUCAGAUCAGCUGAUCUUCUUUGAAAAAGACCUCAGUGGAGUCAAACAUGAUGAUGUUGAUGAUUUCAGACUCCUGGAAGAUGUGAUCAGACGAGACCUUCCUGCUGUAAUGUCAGACAUCAGCAGCAGAUUCAACACAGACACAUUUCCAGUAAAGCUGGACUAUAAGUUCAGGCCAGAUGAGCUUCUGAUUGAUCACUUCUGUCAGUGCUGUUGGGUUCAGUGUCCGUUCUGUGGAGCAUCCUGCACAAACACCAUAGAGGACCAUCAUGGAGAUCACAGUGCUCUUUUCCACAGAGUGAGAGGAAUUAAUGGAAGAAAGUACUCUCCAAAUCUCUGUGCUGAUAUUUGUACAGAUUUAGUGGCAAGUGGUCAGAAUUUUAAUACACCAGAUGGAAGGUUCCCCUGGAGAGAUUACAGAAGAGCAGGAGGAGUUUAUGCACAGUGGAGCAUCACUCCUGAUCUCUCUGAACUGCCCUACUGGAAGUGGUUUGUCUGUAGAUUCCAUAAAGAUCUGGAAAAUGAUUACAAUGCAACAUUUGCAGGAGGGAGUAAGAUCCCAGAUGAGUGGAGAAAAUACUCAAAACGAGAUGCUAUUGAGAGUUUGGAUAAAUAUGUGUAAUAGAGAAGAUAAAGAAUCAGACUUACACUUCUGUUUCUUCUCAGAUCAGUCAAAAGUCAGUUUCUAUUACAGUCAUCAAUGAGAGUCCAAACUCAACAUCUCAGAGGAGUAGAGGAGCUCCAUCCCAAGUCUUAGUUUCUUUUUUAGUUUGAGCUAUUUUACAGCUUAAUUCAAAUUAUAAUGGCAUCUGAGAACAAGAAGAUAAGUGUGGGCAGACAUAUAUGAAAUCAGUAUCAGACUUUAAAAUAAUCAAACCCUGACUAAAGAUCCAGCUGAAGACCAAACAGACCAGCGGCCUCAAUUAUCAACACUGCA